GUGAAUUGCAUUAACUGGAAGUACCGCAGAGAUGAAACUUAAAACAGGAAGCCACAUACCAUCGAUGUACUGGGUGGCAGCACAUUUGUGUCAUGUGAAUAGACAUGACAAAAACAGCCCUCCUUAAAUUAUUUGUGGCAAUAGUGAUCACAUUCAUUUUAAUUUUGCCGGAAUAUUUCAAGACAUCAGAAGAAAGAAUUUUGGAGCUAUCAUGUCUGGAAGUGUGUUUACAACCUAAUUUCAACUAUUCUCUCUCCUACCUAAAUUUUUCCUUUGUAACUUUUCCACAACCAGUAAGGGAAACUCAGAUUAUCAUGGGAAUCUUUCUAAAUCACUCCAACUGUCAAAACUUCACUAGGAUUUACCAAGACAUCACAAGUGAAUUUAAAAUGUGCUCCUCGUGUUUGGUUUGUGAAUCCAAAGGAAACAUGGAUUUUAUUUCUCAGGAACAAACAUCAAAAGUUCUUAUCAUGAGAGGAUCAACAGAAGUGAAAGCAAAUGAUUUUCAUUCGCCUUGUCAACAUUUUAACUUCACCGUAGCUCCUCUAGUUGACCACUUGGAGGAAUAUGACACUUUCUGUAAUCUAAAAUCCCACACUAGAAAGUCAGCAAUCAUGGAAGAAGAGCCAACCAAGGAAAAACCUACAAACGAUACUUGUAGAAUUACGAAAUACCUAAACAAUUGUAUACAUGUUUCUUUGCACCUAGAAAUGGAUGUAAAAAAUGUCAUUUGUUCCAUGAAGAUCACUUGGUAUGUUUUAGUUUUAUUAGUUUUUAUAUUUUUGAUCAUCCUCAUUUUCCACAAAAUACUCGAAGGCCGCAGGAGAGUGCAGAAGUGGCAGAGUCAUCGAUACAAAACUCCGUCCGUUCUCUUAAGAGGAAGUGACUCUGAGAAGCCGAGAGCGCGCGCUGCGCGGGUCGCCCCAGUAGAGACCACACAGAGGCUGCCUUUGGCUCAUGUCAAGGAAAAGCUACCCCCAUUACCAGAACUAUAAGUCGCUUCCACAGUGCACCAGCGAGAUCAAUACACACGACUAUCCCUUGGAAAAUUUGGACUGAAGCCUUUAGAAGAAUACUCAUAAUUUAUUUCGGGAAUGACCAGACUGGUAAAUGUUUAGAUGCACCAUAGGAAAGCAGUAGAAAUGCUACUGAUUAAUGAAAACUAGCUCAAGAGCAUUCAUUUGACCCGUGAGAUCAAGGGAAUAUGAGCUUUUUCAAAAACUCCCUUAUGAGUCAUGGAAAACAAGCUGAUGAAAUUCAUGGAAACAGCAAGAGAAUGCAUACUCUCUUUUUUUUUUUCAUCUACCAUUUUACAGCUUAGAAUGGACCUAAGAUUUAGUUUUGAGGAAACAAAAAGAGGAUCAAAAGGAUGAAAAUCUUUUCUCUCAUCGGGCCACAUUGCAGAUGCUGAUUUGAUGGUUUUUCCUAUACAGAUGGAUUGUUUCUAUUAAUAUUUAGCAAAUGAUUUAGAAGAGCCUGGGUUGUUUGUUUACACAUUCAUUUGUAUUUAUAAAUAUUGCCUUCUUUUGCACCAGGAUGGUUUUUAAAAAAUACAAAGACACCAAAAUACAAUGAAUUUAAACGAAAUAUUUGAGUAUUUAAACCUAAUAGCAAAAGAUCUCCUCUGAUUCUUUUGGCUUUCCUAUUUGUUACAGCCAUCAUUGAUGUUAAGGAUAAUUAUAGCUAUUACUAUAAUAAAAAGCACAUUGGACAAGAGGGAAGCUCUUAACAUUGAAAAAUAUGAAAAUACUUUCCUAGAGUUAAGGUGGAACUUAAUCUCCUGGUGUCAUUAUAUGGCUAAAAUUGCUUAUCUGCGUAGAUUUACAGAAUUCAGCUGUAGGGUCAGAUUUAACAUUAAGUGAUGGGGUUCAGUACAUGCUACCCCAUAAUGUGGCACCUUGUCAUAGUGAAUAUUGUAAGCUGAAGGAAUUUGAGAAAAUGGAAGAAGCAGGAAGGUCACUCUGACCUUCCUCUGCUACUCUUCUCUGAAGAAGAUAAUAAAACCUUUCCUGACCUUCCUCUCAUACAGAUCAUGUGAAAGGUGUCCUCCCUAUACUCAGAGGAAAAGAGCUUCCUUACCUCUGAAGACUGGACACAGAGAAGGAUCUGAACAAACCGGCCUUGCUAAGUUCCCCCAGGGUAUUACUAUUAGAUCAAACUCUUUUUGCACAAUCAUAGAUCUCUAUAACUCUUCAUUCUUCAUCAAACCCACAAUAAAAAAUACUCAGGUCUAA